AUGAACCAAGUGAAGCGUGAGGCUAAUCGCCGGAUUUCAUUUUUGAUCGCUGCCAAGUCCUAUCGCCAAAAGUUCAUUGGCCAUUUUUCUCGAGUCCAGCAGUCUAUUCCUGUUGUCAGAGCCCAGGAUAAUUUGAAGCCAGGAAGGGGAAAAAUCAAGAUUGAUCUUGAUAAUGAUCGCCUUCUCGUAAUUGGAACUGGCACCAAGUUCACGGAAGAUUGCUCGCCAAAGGGCAUUAUUGCCUUGCCACAGUCGCUUGGAGCUUCGGAGGUCGUGGAGGUGCGCUCCGAUACCGAACUCGUCAUCAGAAAAGAGUUUAAAGACACUCAGCAGAUUCGCACUCUUUUAACUAAGGGCACAUCUUUUAAGGCUGCCCACAAGGUGGACCAAAAAGAAGUUUACGAACGAGUAUUCGAGCACCUUUCGCAUGGAAAUUGUAUAGGUAUUUUUCCUGAGGGUGGUUCACAUGAUAGAACGGACCUUCUUCCUCUCAAAGCUGGAGUAGCCAUCAUGGCUCUUGGUGCUAUGCAGCAUGACCCAGGAUGUAACGUCACAAUUGUACCAUGUGGUAUGAACUACUUCAAUGCUCACAAAUUCAGAUCCAGAGCAGUAGUUGAGUUUGGCCAUCCCAUUGAAAUUCCAAGAGAACUUGUGAAGAAAUACUCAAAUCCAUCAACUAAUCGUGAGUCUGUCAAAGAACUUCUUGAAAUCAUCACUACGGGCUUGAAGGCUGUCACCGUAACUUGUGAAGACUAUGAGACCCUUAUGAUGGUUCAAGCAGCAAGACGUUUGUACGCUGGUAACUUUGCCCAGUAUCUUCCUAUUCCCUUAGUUGUGGAAAUGAACCGCCGGUUGGUUCUUGGAUACCAGACCUAUAAGAACGAGAAAACAAUUCAAGACAUUAGAGAAAAAGUUAUCAAGUAUAACAAGCUUCUCUCUCUGUUAUAUCUCCCUGAUCAUCACGUUGAGGAGUGUGACGAGUCAAACAAGUUGAGAGUUUUGCCCAUUUUUCUUUUCCGAAUUUUCAAAAUGAUAUUUUUAUUUCUCCUUGCCUUACCAGGUUCCAUUUUGUUUUCGCCUGUGUUUAUUUGUUCAAAGAUAGUUUCAGGUCGCAAACGGGCCACCGCUCUUGCCAACUCGACUGUGAAAAUCAGAGGUAGAGAUGUCAUUGCUACAUGGAAGAUUUUAAUAGCCAUGGGUGUUGCACCUCUAGUAUACAGUUUCUAUGCAACUGUGGGAACGAUUUACUGUUACUUCUAUGGCAUUCUUCACUACAAACUUGUAUCCAUUUGGUUUGCAUUGUAUAUGCUAGGCGUGUUGGUUACAUACGCCGCUUUACUCGUUGGUGAACAAGGUGUCGAUUUACUCAAGUCUAUGAGACCACUUUACCUCUCGUUAACAUCUGGUUCAUCCAUUCGUGAAUUGAAGAUAAUGCGCAAAGAAUUGGCAGAGGAAAUCACCAACCUCGUUAAUCAUUACGGACCAGAGUUAUUUCCUGAUGACUUCAAUUUAUUGCACAUUCGUGACAAGUUGUAUGCUAAUGAAGGCUACAUCGAUAGUGAUGAAGAAGAAGAACGCAAGACUCAAGAGUUGCGUAAUAGACGUAUGCGCAAUCGCAAGGCUGCAAAGAAGCACAAAGCAGCCGCUACAAAGACCAUGGAACUCAAAAGCGAAUCCUCCUCGUCCAUCAACGACACAGAGCUUUCGCUUCAGGAUGAGGAAGUCUCUUCCAUUUCCGACGGUAUUUCUUAUGUGAAUUCUGAAAACUCUUUGAGUAAUAUUCCAUUGUUUUCCGAUUAUCACUUGCAUAUGAACGCUUCGAACCCUGAUUUACAACUUGAAGCUCAGUCCAACUUUCAUCUGACAGCGUCUAUGGCUGAUGAUUAUAACCUGAGAAACAUGGACAAUCGACCUGCGUACUCGAGAAAUAACUCUCAUCUAGAGUUGAACUUUGCCAACGCCAAACAUCGCCGUGAGCCUUCUGAUGCGUUAAGGACGACACAGAAAAUGAAGCUCAGUGACAAGAUCAAGAACCAAGUCAGACAAGGACGCACACAGGGUGAGACCUAA